AGCUGUGCCUGUUGGGCUCCUUCUGUCAAAUGACCACGAGUGAUUCUACUGUACCAGGCAGGCUGCUUUUCUCUCUCCUUCAGGGCGUGGGAGCCGAGCAAAGCCUUUCGACUCCUGCGAGGGCAGAAGGUGGCUGGAUCCGUUGUGGAAGAAACCCUCGUCCAUCUGUGGAGAGACAGGCAGAGCAAAGUCUGAGCUUGUAGAGGAGGUACUGAAAGGAUGUCGUUAUACAACGCCAUGGUCCUUGCUGUCUACAUCUUUGCCUUCCUGGCUGGCCUCCCUGCCAACCUCCUGGCCUUCUACACAUUUCAAGCCAAGAUGCGCCAGAAGGCAACCCCAAUAGAAAUCCUCUUGUUCAACUUGACUGUGUCUGAUGUCAUCCUCCUCCUCUUUCUGCCCUUCAAGAUGGUGGAGGCCGCCUCGGACAUGACGUGGCCUCUCCCCAUGUUCCUUUGCCCUCUCACCAACUUCUGUUACUACAGCAGCAUCUACAUCAGCACCCUGUUCCUCAUGGCAAUCAGUGUGGAGCGCUACCUGGGCGUUGCCUUUCCUAUCAGGUACAAGUUGAACCGGAGGCCAAUGUAUGCGGUGUUUGCCAGCAUCUUGUUCUGGUUCCUCGCCUGCUCCCACUGCAGUAUCGUCUACAUUGUGGAACUCUCAGUGCCGGGUCAUAAUAAUGAGACCAACUCCAACUCUGUCAAUGCCUCGAAAUGUUAUGAGAGUUUCUCCCCCAACCAGCUCCACAUCCUCCUCCCUGUCCGCCUGGAGCUCUGCAUCACCCUCUUCUUCCUCCCUUUCCUCAUCACCCUUUUCUGCUAUGUCAACUUAGUCCGCAUCCUAGCCUCCUUGCCUAACAUCCACACCCGCAGGAAGCAACGGGCUGUGGGGCUCGCUGUGGCCACUUUGCUCAACUUUGCCAUCUGCUUUGCUCCCUACAACAUCUCCCACAUUGUGGGCUUCAUCCAGAAUGAGAGCCCUUCCUGGAGGGUUUAUGCUUUGCUCCUUAGCACCCUCAACGCUUCCAUGGAUCCAGCCAUCUUCUAUUUCUCCUCCACUGCCAUCCAACAAAACUUUGCCAAAUGUUUUUCCGGCCUGGGAAGCAAGUUUCAUGCCAUCAUGCCAUGGUGUUAUCAGUUUUGCGGGUUCUGCUGUGACAUAGAGAUGGACAACAGUGGGGCUGACAAAUCUUCUAUUUGUAACCUGGGGGAGCUGCAUUCUGAGAGGAUUGUGAGGGGCAGGUAG